AUGAUUUUUAUUCCUGGAGCCGAUCAGCAGCUUGAUAUCCCUAAAGUAACAAAUUAUCGUAGUAGUCAUAAGAAAUCUAAAACGAGUAAGAAAGCAAGUAAGAAAACCUCUAAAACCGUGAGGUUACCACCUAAAAAAACAAAAUCGAGUACAAAGCCUAAAGCUACAGCUAAGUCAACAUGGAGUGGCGGUGAUGCACCAAGAUUAAUUUGGCCGUUAGACGGUACUAUUACAAGUGGUUUUGGGAAGCGCAAUGGAGUUCCCCAUGACGGUAUUGACGUUGCUGCCCCAAUAGGAACAGAAAUUGUUGCUGCGGCUGCAGGGCGUGUUGUUUAUAGUGAUAAUAAAUUAUCAGGCUAUGGCAACCUUAUCAUUAUUCGACAUAAAGACACAACAGAACAACAAUAUUCUUGUUGUUUUCGCGGAAUUGAUUUGGAUUAUGAUGAAAGCUAUCCCAUCCAAGAGAUUAUCUAUCGUGGUAAAGAGAGUGGUGCAUUACUUGAAGUUUCCCAUGACCGAAAAAUUUGGGCUGCAAACCACUCAGCUCAAGCUUGGAAACAAAUUUUUGAAUCCCGCUGGGGGUCUGUACAGCAUCCAUAUUCAAGUGGUGUUUGGGGUAAAAAAGAAUGGGUACUACCAGAAAUUGAAACAAAAAAUAUUGUUACCUUAGGUGAAGGAAAAACACAUUUAAUGCCGAUUAGCCGUUUGGGAGACUCUGUUGGUGUUCCAGAGGUCUAUAUAAAAAUGUGUGGAAAUACACAUACAGGUAGUUUUAAAGAUUUGGGUAUGACAGUUCUUGUUUCUAUGGUCAACCAAUUACGUUAUGAUGGGAUGAAUAUUCCGGCAAUGAUUUGUGCUUCUACCGGAGAUACCUCAGCAGCUCUUGCAGCUUAUGGAUCUGUUGCUGCUAUCCCAACAAUUGUGAUGCUGCCACGUGGUAAGGUUAGUACCGCACAAUUAGUUCAACCCUUGGCAAAUGGGGCAACGGUUUUAAGCUUAGAUACCGAUUUUGAUGGUUGCAUGGCUUUAGUACAAGAGCUUACAGCUAAAUAUAAUUUGUAUUUAGCAAAUUCUAUGAAUAGCUUACGUAUAGAGGGGCAGAAAACAGUUGCCUAUGACAUUGUGCAGCAGUUAAAUUGGGAAGUCCCAGAUUGGGUUAUUAUUCCUGGUGGCAACUUAGGGAAUGUAAGUGCACUUGCUAAAGGUUUUGAAGAUUUAGAAUCAGUUGGCCUGAUUACUAAACGCCCUCGAAUUGCCUGUGCCCAAGCAAAAGCAGCAUCGCCACUAUAUCAUAGCUAUCAAAAUAACUGGUCUAAUUUACAAGCAUUACAAGCACAGCCGACUCAGGCCUCGGCUAUUCGUAUUGGCAAUCCUGUCAGUUUUAAUAAAGCUAUUAAGGCCUUAAUAGCUUUUAAUGGUGUAGUCGCAAGUGUCUCUGAACAAGAACUUGCCGAGGCAACAGCUAACGCGGAUCGUCUUGGAACGUAUUCUUGUCCACAUACCGGUGUUGCUAUCGGUGCCUUUUAUCAACUUGCUAAAACAGGUGUGAUUCAAGCUAAAGAUAGUGUUGUCAUUAUUAGUACUGCACAUGGGCUUAAAUUUACAGAGUUUAAAGUCGGCUAUCAUGAAAAUACACUGGCAGAUAUUCAAUCUUUAACAGCAAAUAAGCCUAUUGAAGUUGCUGCUAAGCCGACAGUCGUUUGGGAUGCGAUUCAGAGGUCAUUAGAGACAAAGACAAACAAAAAUUAA